AUGAAAGCACCCCGCACCAACUGGACUCCGGCACAGAAAGCCAAAACCAUCGUAGAAGGUGGCUAUACCACCAACAUCAAUGACUCCGGCGACUACCUUGCGGCGAAACAUCUAGUUGUAGCUACUAUCACUAUCAAACUCCGUCUCAAACUAGCUCCCACUUUCAAGCAGACACAUCCCUGUGAUGAGUCUCUGUGUCCCUGUGUGUCCCUCAGAAUCAAAGAUAUCCUCCUUCGUGUCAAGGCCCAGAGCUAUACUUCCUCAUUGAAUCUCUUUAUAGACGGCCUGUCCGAUGCUGACAAGCAGACACAAAUCCUCAGCAUUUAUCUGAUGUCGUGUUUAAAAACUAAGGCUGACAUCAACAUCGAUCACAUGGUUGAUUACAUUAAACGACUUCAUAAAUCAUUGGUUCCUGCGCUCUUGAACACCAGUGUCCUGACCUUGCGUGUGGCACACACAAUUCCUGCCCCGGCUAACCUACCUACUAUGCACGGGAUCGUCAGAUUACUUACCGAACUUACUACUAACGCUAAAGCCCCUCGUGACCGUCGUACAAUGGAGUGCCAUGUCUGCCAACAGACCACUUAUAUGCGUCUUCGGUCUGCUCCAAAGCCUGUGGAUAAUGUGGUCAGACAACAAACACUGGUCGCGAAUGCUCAGCCACUAAUCUCAACUGCUCGAGUAUGUCGUGUUAUAGUUGACAAGAAAGUAGGGAAGUUCUUGCCGCCAGAGGUGGUGUUCGCCCGGCGCCAGGGAACGUUGAAAAUUGUUACGAGUGGUGCGCACUGUAAUAUUCGGUCUAAUAAAGGCGAUACUAAAGCCUACUUGCCAUUUUUGAAAUAA